UAAGACACUGCUCAUGUAAAAAUUCUUUUAUGUCGUAAUUUAAACCUUUUUUGCUUUCUUUCGACCUGUUUUUUUUUAAUAAAAAUUCAAUUUUCGUCAAAAAACCAUCAAAAAUGGGAAAUAAUUCAUCCACAAGAAGCGAAAAAAGUGCAGAAUUGAAUGAUGUUCAUCGUAAAUGUGUUAAAACGUUCACUGGCACUCCAUUGGAAGAUCCAGAUAAAUUCCUGCAACAAUUGGAAGCGGUCAAAUUGGUUUACAGCUUGAGCGAUCAAAAUUUGAUGAAGUUAGCGUUGGAAAAAAUCGAAGGACGUGCCUUGGAAUGGUUACAUUCGAAACCUGGCUUGAUGACUUAUGGCGUCGAUAAUUUCAAGAGAGCUCUAUUGAAGGAAUUUUCCGUUUCCAAUGAGAAAAAUGAACCUAAAAAUGUUACACAGCAAUUUGUUGCUCCAAGUGCGCCGCCAAAAAUUGAUCUUUUUCACGAAGAAAUGCCAAGUUUUGAUCAAAUGCCUGCGCCUCCGAGUUAUGAAUCGCUUUUAACCACUUAUGGGAUGUCAGUUCAACCACCUUCUGUUCCGCCACAAGUGCCUUUGUAUCCAAACAUCAGUGAAAUGAGGAAUUUUGACGUCAUUAAACCCUUAAAUCCUGAAAAUAUUGAACAGAAAAUAGAAAAAAUCAAGGAACCUGAACCAAAAAUGAAAGAAAAACGGAAUCGUAAUCGAAAACGCGUGAAAGAAAACUCACAGCCAAAGAUAAAUAUCGAGAAAAAACCUGAAGAUGUCCUAAAAGAAACAGGUACGAAGCCCAAAAUUGAUCUUCUUUGUGAUUUUUGCCAAAAAGCGGGACACAAAUCCGAUGCAUGUCUCUUGAAAGCCACUCAAAGUCAAAAUUCCGAAGAAAAAUCCAAAAAAUGCCACUAUUGCAAGGCAGAUGGUCAUUUAAUUCAACAUUGCAGAAAGGUGCCUCGCUGUAAAAAGUGCAACGAUAAUCGACACAAGACGGAAAAUUGUCCGGAAUCGUCAAAAAGUGAUGUUACAUCAUCCGUAAUACCAGCUUUGGUGGAUUUAAAGCUCGAAUCUGUUGCGGUUUCCGAGAAAAAUUCUGAUAAAAAGUGCAGUUAUUGCAAGGAAGAAGGUCAUUUCAACAAAGAUUGUGCAAAAGCGCCUCGUUGUCAUCAAUGCGGCGACAAAUUUCAUAAAUUAAAGGAUUGUCCCUUUAUGAAAACCGAUGAAAAAGACUCAAAAGUCGAUGAAAAAGACAAAAAAUCCGAUGAAAAAGACAAAAAAUGUGCUUAUUGCAAGGCAACUGACCAUUUCUACAGAGACUGUGAGAAACUUCCUCGUUGCCAUAAUUGCGGUGAAAAAUUCCACAAGAUGAAAGAUUGUCCAUUGCUCCAAAAAGACUCACAAAGUGAACCUGAUCCGGCAAAAUCAGUUCUUGGCAUGUUGAUGGAUCAAGCGUACAAUUACUUCUUGGCUACAGAGCAAGAACCUGACAAAAUAUGUACGUAUUGCAAAGAAGGCGGACAUCUCAUUAGAGACUGCAAAGUUAGACCUCCGUGCCGAACAUGUGGCGAAAAAGGACACAAAACGCAAAAUUGUCCACAAAAUCCCGUUCAAAGUCUUCCAUUCGCGAAUCCUCGUGACGGAUUUUGCCACAAUUGUAAGCAGAUGGGACAUCAUACAGUCGAUUGCGUAUUCAAAAAACCAGUUGGAGUCCGUGUUUUUACUAACAGCAGCAAGAAAUGAUAAAAUUAAAAAGUGCAAAGAUAAUUAAGACAAUCAAAAAGGGAACAAAUUUAACAAUUUCUUGUAAAAAUCUCACUUUUUUUUAAAUUUUUUCCUAAAAAAAUUGAGAUUUCAUUAAUAAAACGUAAUUUUUCUUAUAAUUUUUUAAGUGCUUAUAUACAAAACGUCUGAUACAAUUAUCAAAAAUAUUUUGGAUUUCAUCCCAUUUAAAAUUUUGAGUAAUUCUCAGGAAAGAAAUUUAAUAUUAAAAUCAUUAAAAGUAAGAAAAUUUUUCAAUUUUUUGUAUUUUAUUAAAAAAUACAUUUAAAAACAGAUCAAUUUCAGUUUAAAUCAAAUCUUAUUUAAAAUUUUUUUUUUUCAAAUUUAAUUUUCAAAGUAAUAAAUUUUGUUGACAAAGUUUAUUAAUUAUAAAUUAAAUAAUAUGAUAAAUUUAUUUGAUAAAAUAAUUUAAAUUAAAAUAAAAAAUUAAUUUUAUUAAAUUUAAAUUUAAAAAAAAUAAAUUAAAAUUUAAUAUUUUUCUAAAAAAAAAUUAAAUAAAUUGAUUGAUCAUUUAAAUUUAAUUAAUUUAUUUUUUUUUUUAUUAAUUUUAAAUUUAAUUAUAAAAAAAAAUUAUUUAAAAAAUAAAAUUCAACCAU